GACGCAGACGGCAACACCGCUCUGCACCUCGCCGUCCACAGCCUGCCGCACGACACCGUGUGGCUCGACGCCGCCGAGACUGUCGAGCUGCUCGCCGAGGAGAUGAGCGACCUCAAUGCGAGGAACUGCCUGGGCGAGACGCCCCUGCUCCUCGCGACGCGCGCGGCGGCCGCCCACGCGGGACUCGACAUCCAGCGGGGCGCCAACACGGUCAUCGAGUCCCUUCUCGACUCGCGCGCCGACCCGGGCCAAG